AUGGAAACCUGCACAGGGGCUGCCAGCCGCUGCCAUCCCCCAGUGCGGCUCCCGGAGGGCUGUCAGGUUGGUAAAGCUUUUCAAAAGAAAACUGGCGCAAUUUCUGCGCGCGCAAAGUGGAGCGUUGGGGUAGAGCUCUCCUCCUGCCGCGGGUCCCAGGGACCUGCGCAGGUGACGGCGUCGCAGCCUCAGGAGCAGCCCACACCGCACCACGUGGCACGAAACCAUCACCGCAUUCCGCAACUGGCCCGUGGCCACCCAGGAGAGGGGCUGGGACACGACCUCAACCGGCUGGCGGCACGCGUGGACUUCUGCCCCGUCCUGCAGGUCUUCUUCCCCUUCAGCAUCCAACUCUACCCCCGCGAGUUCCCCGGCCACGACCCCCGCGACUGCCCCCGCGACGUGGGCAAGGCGGCGGCCCUGCGCCUGGGCUGCAUCAACGCCGAGUACCCCGACUCCUUCGGGCACUACCGCGAAGCUCGCUUCUCCCAGACCAAGCACCACUGGUGGUGGAAGCUGCAUUUCGUCUGGGAGCGGGUGCGGGCGCUGCGGGAGCACGCCGGGCCCGUCCUCUUCCUGGAGGAGGACCACUACCUGGCCCCUGACUUCUACCACGUCCUCAAAAAGCUCUGGGCCCUGCGCGAGCGGGAGUGCCCCGAGUGCCAGAUCGUCUCCCUGGGCACUUACAGCCCCAUCCGUGGCGGCUUUGCCGGCCGCGCCGACAAGGUGGAGAUGAAGACGUGGAAGUCCACCGAGCACAACAUGGGCAUGGCCUUCGGCAGAGACACCUACCAGAAGCUCAUCGAGUGCACAGAUGCCUUCUGCACCUACGAUGACUAUAACUGGGACUGGACUCUGCAGCACUUGACUGUCUCUUGUCUUCCAAAGUUCUGGAAAGUGCUGGUUCCUGAAAUCCCCAGGAUUUUUCACACGGGCGACUGCGGCAUGCAUCACAAGAAAUCCUGCAGACCGUCCACCCAGAGUGCCAAAAUCGACUCUCUCUUGAACAGCAACCAACAGUACCUGUUUCCUGAAACGAUGAGUGUCAGUAAAAGGUACUCCAUGGCACCCCUUUCCCCUCAUGUGAAAAACGGAGGGUGGGGAGAUAUUAGGGACCAUGAACUCUGUAAAAGUUACCGCAGACUCCAGUGAGGAUCACUCUCGCAGCCUUUUUUCUUUUUGAGUUGUUCCGUACUGUCUUUUACAGGCACACACGUGUAUAAAAAGCAUUUAUGAGUUGGUUUCUGCUUUAAUAUGAAUAAACAUUCUUGUAAAAGGUGUCCCAAAA